CCGGGGCUCGAGCGGAGCGAGCAACAGGCCUCCUCUCAGACCUCAUUCCAGUGCGAGACUCGGAGCGGAGAGCAGCUCUCUCUCGGUGCGCGCGACUUCUCGCUCUUACCUCUGACGACGGCGACGUAGCGACGACGCGACGUGAAGUGCAACUGUGCCAGUGCAUCGCCCUCUUGGAUUUACAUCAUCAUCAUUAUCUCAUCAUGCCUUCUCACGCGGAGAGCAUCGCCACCUCCUACCCCAACAUGGGCGACUACGAACACGAGCCCAUCUCCAGGACCUACCAGUACAGAAAGGUGAUGAAGCCCAUGCUUGAGCGCAAACGCCGCGCCCGCAUCAACCGCUGCCUGGACGAGCUGAAGGAGCUGAUGGUCGGCGCCCUGGCCUCCGAGGGCGAGAACGUGAGCAAGCUGGAGAAGGCCGACAUCCUGGAGCUGACCGUGCGCCACCUGCACAACCUGCGCCGCCAGCGCGCGCUCGGCCUCACCCCCGAGUCUGCGUACGCGGACCGCUUCCGCGCCGGCUUCACGCACUGCGCCGCCGAGGUCAACAACUACCUGACUGUGCACGCCGUGCCCGCCGUGGACCGCUCCACCAGCGCCAAGCUGCUGCAACACCUCGGCACCUGCAUCCGCAAGAUCGACGCCGACGUCCAGGUGCCCACCGGCUGCCCUCCCGGCGUGGACGGCGGCGACUGCCCCUGUCGCGACCACUGCGGCGCCACCGAGAUGACCGUCACCCGCCCCCUCGAGAGCCCCUACACGCCCCCGCUCAGCCCCGGACCGAGCUGCGCCAGCGAGUCCGAGCCCACCAUGCUGGAGUCUGGCGACGAGGGCUCCGUCUGGAGGCCCUGGUGAACGGCCGCCCUGCGAGCAGCACUAAGUUAGGAAGCGUUAUGUGAUCAAUGAAAUUGGUGUUUAAAGUGUGUACAUAGUUGGACAUAUGAUAGGUAUAUGACGUUGCCAGAUCUCUAUUCAGAUGCGUAUUUUGAUAAUUUUAUGUGGAAGGCUGUUGACUGCCGGCCCGGCUACGUGGUCGGCGCACCCGCGGCUCACUUGUUGAGCCGAUUAAUGAGCUUUAAUAGUUUUUAAGAUUUUGUAAAAGUUCUGUUCUGUGGUAGCAGAGGAAGUAUGUGAUUUUAAUUUCGUCCCUGUUAAAUAUUUUGAAACAUACAAAUUUGUUUUUGUUCUCGUCUCUGACAAAAUUAUGUUUGUUCUCAAAGAAAACAGAGUUAUAUCUAUAUUUAUAGUUUUGAAGUUAAAUUAUAGCAAAUUCCAUUUUUUCUAAGAAAAAGUUAUAGUGUUUGUUCUUGAAUUUUCAAUGUAAUAUUUUUGCACAGUUUUCACUUUUAUAAUAGUACUGACAGAUUUUGAUGUUUGGUGAUUACUGUGAUAUAUUAAUUUAUUUGUACCUGAGGAUCGAGGAGGAAUCUUGUGGUUAGAGCAUUUGCAAUCAUCCCCACCAUUUUUGAUAUUCUGGUGUAAUUGUUGGUUCAAUUUUGACUUUGCCUCUUUAUGAUUGCCCAAACUGUUGACUGAAGACUGCGAAAUAACAGAUUUGCAAUGACUGCUAAAACUGCAAGGUGAAUAAUAAAACAAUCUUGUUUUCAUAAAACUUA